AUGAACUUAUUAAUUGACUUGGCAAAGGGUCCAGUAUUUAUUGCAGGAGACCUGAAUUUCCCGGUGGACCCAUCCCUAGAUGUGUCCUCUGGGAAAUCAUACAUGCCAUCUAAAAUGAUCAAAUCAAAUUGGCAGACACUUCAAACAAUACCAACCUUUGACAUUUGGCGAAUGACCCACAGUACAACAAGAGACUAUACAUUCUUCUCGCACCCCCAAAAAAUUUACACAAGACUAGACUAUAUCCUGUGUGACCAGUCUUCUCUGAAAUUAUUGAUAGACGCCAAAAUAUCUCAAACACCCUGGUCAGACCAUGCGAUGGUGAUGGGCUCAUUCGCUUGGCCCAAGAAACCAGGCGCACGCAACACAUGGAAAUUGAACAAUAUAGUCUUCACAGACCCCGUAAUGUUACAAUCUAUCAUAGAUAAGACCUCCCUAUUUUUUGAUAUCAAUAUCCCACAAGACACUUCUCAUACCACUAACUGGGAGGCAUACAAGUGUUUUAUAAGGGGGGAAAUAAUCAAACAAGUGGCUCAACAUCGUAAACAACAAGAAAUACUUUAUAAGUCCCUCACUAGCACGCUCUCCCUAGCCGAAAGAAAACAUAAAAAAACCCCAUCUUCAGAUGACUUGUUAAAUGAAGUGAAUAAAGCUAGGGAAAUACUUAACCAAUACCUUGACAAAAAUGCACACAGACGGGCACUUACAUUAAACGCAAAAUAUUUUGCAGAGGGUAAUAAAGCGGGCAAACUUCUAGCUAGGUCACUCAAGAAAAAAUUGUAUAAAUCCUUUAUUAGAGUUAUCAAAGAUGUAAAUAAACAAGAUCAAUACAAAAGUGAUGAUAUAGCAAAUAGUUUCUCAGAAUACUACAGCAAAUUAUACAACUUAGGCAAUUCCAACCCCACUAACAGACAGGAACAAAUAGACAACUACUUAACAAAUCUUACCCUACCCACAAUAUCAGAUCUAGAUAAAACAGAAUUGGAAUCCCCCAUCACGCUCUUGGAAGUACAAGACACUAUAAAACAAUUGACCCCGGGGAAGGCUCCAGGCCCAGAUGGGUUCACCCCGAAAUUCUUUAAAAUUCUCUCACCAUAUAUAAGUCCGCACCUACAACAACUUUUCAAUACAAUAAAUGAUAGCUCUCCCUUCCCCGGCCACAUGUUGGAAGCGAAUAUAACGGUCAUUCCCAAACCAGGCAAAGACCCCACCCAAAUGACAAAUUAUAGGCCCAUAUCAUUAUUAAAUAUAGAUGUCAAGAUUUUCGCCAAGAUUUUAGCAAAUAGGUUAAAGCGUUUUUUACCUGGUCUGAUACACGAGGACCAAUCAAAAUUCUUCAAAUGGGCAAAGACAUUUUGGGAACAGAAUGGACUAUUAACUCUUUCUGUGAUCUCUGUUAUAACUGGAUGCCUUAUAGGAUUUUUACUUAGAAUUUUGGAACUCAGUGAUUUGGAAAAACAAUAUUUCUCCUUUCCAGGAGAACUGCUUAUGAGAAUGUUGAAGAUGUUAAUUCUCCCCCUUAUUACUUCUAGUCUCAUGUCUGGCCUUGCAACAAUGGAUUCUAAGGUGUGUGGGCGGAUGGGGCUCAUUACAAUCACAUACUACCUCUGGACCACAUUCAUGGCUGUUGCAGUUGGUAUCAUUUUGGUAAUAAGCAUUCAUCCUGGAGCUGCUGUGCAAAAGGAAGACCAUAUUGGAGGGAAACCCGUAUUGAGUUCUGCAGAUGCCUUGUUAGAUUUAAUAAGGAAUAUGUUUCCUGCAAACUUGAUAGAGUCAUCUUUCCAACAGUACAGAACUAUUCUUGUUCCAGUUUUGAAGAACCAAAAUGUUCCAAAGCUUUAUGGGAAACCAGUAAAUUAUGUUUAUUUAGUGCCAGAUGCUAAGAAUCCUGUAAUUCAUCAUCAAGUAGUUUUAGAAAUUACUCCAUCUCCAGAGGUCACCUACAAAACACUUCCUGGGACAAAUACAGAAAUGAAUGUCUUGGGAAUAGUCAUAUUCUCUGCUACAAUAGGUCUCCUGCUGGGUAAAAUGGGAGAAAGGGGAAUGCCCUUAGUUAAUGUGUGCCAAUGUCUGAAUGAAGCUGUGAUGAAAAUUGUUGCCAUGGCUGUUUGGUAUUUUCCAUUUGGAAUAAUUUUUCUAAUUGCUGGGAAGAUUUUAGAAAUGGAAGAUCCAUCAACGAUUGGGAGAAAGCUUGGGCUGUAUGCCAUAACAGUCAUGUCUGGUUUGAUUAUUCAUGGAGUGCUGCUUUUACCGCUCUUGUACCUUAUUAUUACUAAAAAGAACCCUUUUGCAUUCAUUAAAGGGAUACUUCAGGCUCUGCUUAUUGCAUUGGCCACUUCAUCAAGUUCAGCAACAUUACCAAUAACUCUGAAAUGCCUUUUGGAAAACAAUAAAAUAGACAGACGUGUAGCAAGAUUUGUUUUGCCAGUUGGUGCUACCAUCAAUAUGGAUGGCACUGCUCUUUAUGAAGCUGUUGCCGCUAUAUUUAUUGCACAAGUCAAUGAGUAUGAUCUGGAUUUAGGACAAAUCAUAACAAUAAGUAUAACUGCAACAGCAGCAAGCAUUGGUGCAGCAGGCAUACCCCAAUCUGGGCUGGUAACUAUGGUUAUUGUUUUGACAUCUGUCGGUCUCCCUACAGAUGACAUCACGUUGAUUGUUGCAGUCGACUGGGCUUUAGAUCGCUUCAGGACCAUGACCAAUGUUCUUGGAGAUGCACUAGCUGCAGGAGUCGUAGCACAUGUUUGUCGAGAAGACUUUGCAUCAUUUCCAGAAAAGCAAGAAACUAUUGUCAAUACAGAAGAACAAAACACAAAGGACAUACAUCUACAGCAUGUCGACUGCCACGUGAUGGAAAUGAUAGAAGAAUCAUUAUAUGAAAAAAGAAAAAUCCAAUUUAAUAUAUGUCAGGUUUAA